CAAGCGUUCAUUUAAAGCAUUCAUUUUCAAGUCAGAACGCGUUACUCAAUUCAUUUCUAGUUCAGUGAUGUUGUGGUUUGUUCACUAUGGUGUUAACCUGGAUUUAUACCUCGCUUCUGUGCGUUUUGAUGGUGGACUGGUCUCAUGCGGAAUGCCCCCAAAGCACUUUGACGAGUAAAGCGACGCAGAACUGUGUCGAGGGUUUCUUCACCUAUAUCGGGUCGGAAGUGAGUUCUGGGUCGGAUCCCAGUCAGAUUGACACCAUCUUCUGUUCGCCGGAGGGACAGAGCGCAAUUGAGUGCAUUUUUCCCCUAAUUGAGCAGUGUCCGGAACUAAUGGCGAAUAUAAGUGAUGGGUCGAAGGGGAUACCCUCUCAGGCGGAACUUCAAAUGGCCUGUUCUAAGAUGUCUGCCGAAGUUUGCAUGGAAACGAUGACGUGCCUAUCUUACGCUCCUCAGGUGGCCAGCAUGGGUAUAGACGAAAACUUUAGACAGGCUAACAACCUGACCUAUCUCCUCCCGCUUAUUGGAUUGUCCUGCGGUCCGAUGAAGGAGCAUUUCUACUGUAUAUCACCUGCAACGGAAGAAGCGUGUAAAACUAUCCCUGACGAGAUGGAUACGAUGAUUACUUUAAUCAACGGCGAAUUACCUGAUGGUUUCGUCUUUCCAGAGUACCACGUACUGAAAACGUUCAUCUACACCGGAUGCAGAGACGCCCCUGACGACAUGGCUACCAACAAGUGCGUACAUGACAAUUUGGAGUCAACUGCAUUUACGGAGUGUAUGUCAAAAGUAAAAACCGACUUCAAAACUCCAAUUGAAAUGAAGAGCUGCGGAGCCACGGAUGCCCGGCUCAUGUGCCUCGAAGAAUCCGUCGUGAAGCAAUGUGGCAGGAGGUAUUACUACACCCUGACAACCAUGGGAGACCGCUUUCUCACGAAGAGUCUAUUCACGUGUGACCGUUCCACGAGCGCCGCCCCGGUCGUCCGUCUGUCUGCCACUGCUUCGCUUGUAGUUGUAGCUGUUAUCUUUCUUUUGUAAACUCGAUGGUGCAUUUUGAUCUUUGAAUACAAAAUUGUAUCUGUACUCAUAAAGUUUUGCAAUCUGAUUAAAGCAACAUGCUCAAGCCUAAUUAGGAUUUAUGAAGAAUUAUUUUAAUCAGAUUGUGCAUUUGUGCAUUCAGGUCUUGAAAUGUGCUCGUUUCGCCUAGUUGAAGUUUAGGAUAUGUGAGAAUUUGUAACCGUUUAUAUACUCUUUUUGUUCACUUGUUCAAGAUGUGUCACUUAUAUAAAAGUAACAUUCAUUUUUAAUGUAGUCUGUAAUACAAUACUUAUCUGUUUGAUAUACAUUGACAUGAUUUCUAUAUGUAUACCGGAAGUGGUGACUUGCAUUACUUAAUGUUCUGAAACAGUUUGACAUUAUUAUUGACAUUAUUUAAACUAAGAACACAGAACACUUGCGCUAACCAAAUUCUGUACAGAGCUAAGUUCACUGAAUAAACUUUCGUCACAGUUUCAAAUUACUCUUUUUAGCAAUAUAUGCUUGACCCUACUUCUCAUUAAGUGGUUAUUUGUUUUUCGCGUUGAUAAGAAAAUGUAACGAUGUAUUUUGUUGUUGAAGUUAUGUGCUACACGAUUCUUAAAGUUGUUGUCAAAAUCUAAGUACUAGUAUUGUAUUGAAAUACUUUGUUAUGUAUGCAAUUUUAGAGUAGAGGGCUUUAAAUGAGGACCCGUAAGAUAUGAACAUGUUAUACGGAAUGUUUUUACUGCGAAAACCUAUGUUAACAGUACAUGUAAUUAAGAAACAAAUGAUAAGAAUGGUGUUAUGGCAUACUUAUACAAUUUUAAGUCGAAUAUCAAAAUCUUGAAAUGUUAAGUCUCGUCUCCAGGCAAAAAUGUCAAAUAUUCAGUUGGGCUUACAAGGUUUUGAACAUUGAAACGUUAUAUUGCGGAGUUAUAAACGGGGCAAUAUUUGAGAUCAAUGGUGAAUUGGGGAUAGGCGUCCCAGUGGGGAUUUUGAUUGGGAGCGGGGAACAAGUGCCUGUAUUUGUGAAGACACAAUGAGAUCUGUCGUCCUCACAAUCAGCAAUCAAUCAGCUGAUAGUUCUGCCAAAUAUACUGAUUAAGCUGGUUUAUUUAAUGGUCUUGGUUCAUUUUAGUAUUGGAUAUUGGCUCAAUCUUAUUAUGGACAAGGGGUUAAAUCAGGGAUAAUUAUUAUGGAAAUUUAGAUAUUGACUUAUAUAAGGGGUCUUUGUGUUUACAUGGUGAUUCAAUUGUUUGGCUUGUAAAUUAUACGUUGGAGGAGGGAUGUUUUAAAAAAAAAGACGUAUUAUGAGCCUAAAUAUCCCGAAGCCUACAUGUAUUUACGAACUACGAAAAGGCAACAAUUCUAGGUCGCAAACAGUCAGGUAUAGAAUAGUAAAUGCAUAUUAAACUUAAUACCGUCAGAUACGUUUUCGUCUAGUCAACAAGUAAAGUCAAGUCUUAUUAUCUCAAAUACUUGAAGAACAUCAAGCUAUUUAGGUCAUUAAUACUGGCAAUGCAAUUUAAAUGCCUACAUUAAUAAGAUAUUAUCAUUGUUAUAUUAUAUAUGUGGCUGCAUUUCAGCUACAUUAGUUACUUAUUGCCCUCUAAGGUGUGACUGUUUCGUAUUUCAUAGCUGUUGCUUUAAGAACCAAUUAACAUAUGUUUAGUUCAUACUGAUAUAUUUUGGAAUGAGCGACCUCUAGAUGAGAAAUUUUAGUUUAUAAGUCUACGCAUUUUAUGUGUAAUUUCGGAAGAUUCACAUGUAUCUUCUUAAAAGUUUAUCAGGUUGAAUGUGCAUUGAACCAUCCGUUGAAUUAAGUUUGGGUUUUUUCAAAGUCAAGGUAUUUAGAUCCCUGUCAAUGCAAUGCUGUUUCGUUUUCACCUGUGUUCCUUUCGAUUACCAGACGACCUGCUUUAAGAGUUCAUAUUUGUCACAUGCUUAUUUUUGUUGUCGAAAUAAACGAUACACCUAUA